AUGCUGCAGACCAAGCCUGUGGCGUACUGGCGACAGGCUGGACUCAGCUACAUCCGGUGCUCCCAGAUCUGUGCAAAAGCAAUGAGAGAUGCACUGAAGGCCGAGUUCAAAGCAAAUGCUGAGAAGACUUCUGGCAGCACUGCAAAUAUUGUGAAACUGAAAAAAGACUAA